UCACCCUAGAACCACCCGAAAAACUAGGUUAUGUAACCGGCAACAUAACCCUAUGACAUAACCUAAAAGUAAAAUGAUACGAAAUGCUUUAAAAACGACUUUCGCGCUUAAUAUUUUCGGAACGAGUGACGUCGGGAGUCAAGAUCUGUUAAACAGGAGUACGCAAACGGAAAAAAAGGCGGACAUAGCGAAAAUCGAGAAUGAGACAGGUUGGGAGAGGGUGCAACGAAUGUUCCAAGUGGACGAGUUUGGCGAACUUAGCAAAGAGGUGGUCACGGUGAUGCACGUAGGGGCGAUGAGCCUGUUCGUCGGGGCCCUCUAUGGGGGCGUCAUUCAUAGUCGAGUGGCUUACAUGAACUUUAUAAAAAACAACCAAGCGACGGCUUUUAAUGACCACUUAGAGGCAAAAAAACGUCUACAAGACGCAGUCACGAAAAGUUUUGGCAAAGGGGCGUGGAAAUGGGCGUGGAGGUUGUCCCUUUUUUGCUCCACUUUUGUAGGCGUUUCAACUACCAUAUCUGUAUAUAGAGGGAAAACAGGGAUUUUGGAUUAUGUUGCAGCAGGUUUAGUUAGCGGUUCGCUGUACAAGUUAAAUUCGGGGCCGCGAGGGAUGAUUGUAGGUGGCGGUUUAGGGUCAGUGUUAGGACUAAUGGCGGGUUCAGUCACUCUAGGAAUCCUCAGUUUAACAGGAAUGACAAUGGAAGAGGCGCGGUAUUGGCAGUACUACUGGCGACAGGAAAGGCAAAACUACAUCCAGAAAAGCCAGGCCGAAUACUGCGCCAAAGAGGAAGGAGGGAUGAUUCUGUACCACAACGAAAAAAUCGGUGCGGCCGGAAAGGAUCUACAAAAUUUAGAAAAACGUGUUGAAAACAGUAAAUAAAUGUAUAAAGAUUG